CUUUUCCUGCUCUGACACUCCACCACCUACGGGAAGUAAGCAGUAGUAGUGCCGAACCAGAGGGGAUGGAGUAAAAGCCAAUAAACAUGGAUCCCACAGAAGAAAAGACGAGCAGAGCGGUCGAUAUCUACCGCGACACAUGGGUCCGCUUCCUCGGUUAUGCCAAUGAGGUUGGGGAGGCCUUUCGGGCCCUGGUGCCAGUGAGUGUGGUGCGGGGCACCUAUGCUGUGGCCACUGUGUACGUUACUGCUGACGCUGUGGACAAAGGGAAGAAGGCAGCUCUGGCCCACGGGGAGAACCCAGGGAAGACGACACGGAUAGCCGCAGCGGUGGUGGACACGUUUGUGUGGCAGGCGCUCGCCUCUGUGAUCAUCCCGGGCUUCACCAUUAACCGCGUGUGCGCCACAUCGCUCUACCUGCUGGGCAGAACCACCAAGUUGCCUCUGUCAGUCCGCAAGUGGACCACCACAGCUAUCGGCCUAUCCACCAUCCCCUUCAUCAUCCAUCCCAUAGACAGGUCAGUGGAUUUCCUGCUGGAUGCCAGCCUCCGGAAAGUCUACAAUGCGGGAGAGAAACACGAAUGAGGAAGGAACAUCGCUGGAGACACUGUCCCCUUCCUGAGCGGAGACCGGUCCAGUGUUCACACAGACCUGUUCUGGUCUGUUAUCCACCGCUGUGAAGCAGUGAAGAUGUAUACAGAAGGAUUUCAUGGAGGGAGAUUUCACAGUUAGUCAAUGACAUAUAAUAAAUAUAUUUCUGAAUUAUAUUAAAAAAGUUGUAGCAGUUUAGUUGUUAAAAGUGAAAUCCUGCUUUGUGAAAUGUCCCUCAAGGGAUCCUUAACUUCAACCUCUCAGGGCAAUCUGGGUAGCAACACCCAAAAAGAGUUUGAAAAGGAAAGUAAAAAUACGAAAAAUGAAUUAUUAUUCUGCUUGACAGAGGAAAGAGAGACACUGCUUAUAUGAACAUUCUCCAGCAGUGUUACAGUGUACCGUUAUAUUCCUAUCAUCGUGAAAACUGCCUCCGAGGUUGCCCUGAGCUGUUUCUCUGCCUGGCAGAGCCUCACCUCAUGAGAUUAAUUACAAACCAGCCAUAUUAAGUGAUACUGUAAACGACCGGCCAAACAGCCAGUUAGCAAUGAUGUCCCUCUAUAUCUUCUCCCAGUAUAACUUUGUCACAUUUUUUUUUUUUUUCUUCUUUGUGUUUUUUCUUCUUUGUGUUGGGGAAUUGUUGUGUUUUCCGAUGCACUUUUCCAUUGUUUGAUUCUACCAUAUUGUUGGUCACAGGAGCCAAGUUUGCACUGGGAACAUUGUUUUACACCAGGAUUACGGUCCAUAUGAUUCUACAUACAGUAGAAUAGUGUAAUAUAUAGUUAUAUUAAGGUAAGAAUACUUGUCGGUCAAUCAGGUAGUACGCAUGAAACCAUUCAUUUAGAAAGUUUGUGAUCAGACACUCCUGGUGUAGCGAUACUGUGACAUUUUGUUGUGUGAAAACAAUAGAAUUCCCAGGUUAGUUUAUGCUAGAUUUACACAUGGACGCUCGCUGCCUGACGACUGCUGGAAGACAACUUUUCCAUGAAUCGCUCACUUACAUCCGGCUAUCAAAUUACUUCAGGGACAUGUGUCCCUCCAGCUGAAGACUCUGGUCACGUGCAGUGGUAGCAUGGGCAGGGUGCACGCAGGCAGUCAGGUCAGUCAGUGAUA